UCGAGGAUGACACUCUAUGCAGAAAUGACGUUGAUCCCACAAUCGUUGAAAGACCGGUUGUGCGUCAUGUCACUGACGACUUCAUCGACGAUGUGGAUGAACACUUGUCACAUGCAAGCGAUGAGGAAUUAUAGUGACAAAUUAAACCACUCAUUAUGUCAUAUCGACGAUCAAAUUUUAUGGAGACGGACGAUAUGUUCCUCCAGUUUGAGGAGGAUUUAGAUAACAUUGCGGGAGGGUCGUCAUCUGUGGGCGACAAUACGGCGAUUCUUUGUGCUUGAUUUCAAUGAUCAAGCAAUGAACAGGUUUGUUGAGCAUCAGAUGCUCACGACCUUUAAAGAGUUCCGGGCCGACUGUCAUAAACAUUUCAAAAAGUACAGCGACCCGGAGGAGGCUCGUGCCAACCCACCAAACGCAUUGGUUGGACGUGAUGAGGAUUGGCACUUCCUCUGCGACCAUUAUAUCAGUCGUGCAUUCCAGGAGCAAUCACGGACAAACAAGGCUGCUAGACAGAAGCAGCCUUACAAUCAUAGUAGCGGGUCCAAGUCGUUUCUACAACGACAGUAUGAGCUCGCUGAAAGAAGAGGGCAGCCGGUCGAUCGUGUGGAAUUGUUCCGGAAAACACACGUUCGAGCUGGGACAUUCGUGUCGCAGGCCGUCGAGGAUGCGCAUAAUCAAAUGCUGGAACUCCAAUCCCAGCCUACCCCAGAGGGUAGUCAGCCACUCUCUGAGGAUGAGAUAUGCGAUCAGGUGUUGGGUAGACGACCAGGCUACUCAAAAGGCCUUGGUUGGGGACCCAAGCCGAAGGCCCACAGAACGGCAAGUGCAAGCAGUUCGUCGACAUCUUGUUCGCAGUCCACACAAAAAGAGAUUGAAUUACAAGCUAAACUUCAUGAAGCUUUGGAACGGAUUGAAGUACAAGAUAGAAAUCACCAAGCAUUAGCUUCACAAGUGGAAGCUAUGAAAAAGAUGAUUGAAGACCUAACUCGUGCACAACAGGGACCACCACAUGAUCCCUUGCCCUGCGGACCGAAGGUGUAGAAUGACGUGCAUACGCACCUCGUUGGGAGAUUAGGUCUUAUGUUUAUGUUUUUUGUAUAUUGAGAACUAUAUUUUCUUGUAGUCAACUUAUUCGUAUUAUUAAUUUUAAUUCUA